AGUACAAUCUGGGACAAAGUUCAACCUCAUGCUGUUCCCAGUCCGGUAUCUAUGCUAGUCACCAUUUUACAACAAAAAAACGUUAUGUGAUGGACUUUGCUUGCUCUUUUGCAAGGCUCCCUGCCAGAUUGGGAAUAAAAACCGCACUGUUAUAGGACAUUCUUUCACACCGCAAAACUUCUCUUUAGGACAUCGCCACAAACCAGACAAUGUUGCUGCAUCCCCAAAUCUUUGUCCUUGUUGCCUUCCUUUGGAGUGUCCCACCACUUUCCCUGGCUGGGAAGAUCCUGGUGUACCCAGUGGAUGGAAGCCACUGGCUUAACAUGGACAUUUUGCUACGAGAGCUUCAUCAGCGAGGUCACAAACUGACAGUUUUACGUUCUGCCAACAGCUGGUACAUCCCAGAGAACACCACACACUAUACACCCAUCACUAUCCGUGCCGAUCAUCUCUCCAGCCUGGAGGACCCCGAGUACAUGGCGUCCUUUCUUAAGAGAAACAUUGACAUUCAAAGAGGGGAAGGAUCUGUUUGGUCAUUCAUGGCCCUGCAGAAAGAAGUAAUUACUCUUUUAGAAGAUGCUCACAAGUCUUCUGCUGAGAUGGUGAGGACCAUUCUAGAGGAUAAAAAGCUUGUUAAAAUACUCAAAGAGUCCAAGUAUGAUUUGAUGCUAACUGAUCCUGGUUUUGCAGGAGGGGUCAUAUUGGGCAAGUACUUGGGUUUACCAAUGGUGUACAAUGUACGAUGGAUAACAAAUGCAGAAGGGCACUUUGCAAUUGCACCCUCACCGCUUUCUUACAUCCCAACUAUUGGAUCUAGGGUGACAGAUAAAAUGAGCUUUGCAAAUAAAAUGAAGAAUUUUUUGCAUUAUGGAAUCGGCCAAUACAUAGACCACUUGAUCACAAGGCCUCUUUAUCAAGGAGUUAUCAGCGAACACAUAGACCCAAACACUAAUGUGUACUCUCUGAUCCAAGGAGCAGAUCUGUGGCUCAUGAGAGUCGAUUUUGUAUUCGAGUUUCCUCGUCCUACUAUGCCCAAUGUGGUCUACAUUGGAGGCUUCCAGUGCAAAGCAUCCAAACCCCUACCAGAGAAAUUGGAGAAGUUUGUCGAGAGUUCUGGAGAGCAUGGGGUGGUGAUCAUGUCUUUGGGUUCUCUGCUUGGAAGUCUGGGUCCUGACAUAUCCGAAGUCAUCGCCUCCGCCUUUGCUCGCUUGCCACAAAAGGUGAUUUGGAGGCACGUAGGGGAAAAGCCAUCUACGUUGGGGAACAAUACACUGAUAGUGGACUGGCUGCCUCAAAACGACCUCUUAGGCCAUCCUAAAAUUAAAGCUUUCAUCACCCACGGAGGAACGAAUGGAAUCUACGAGGCUAUUUACCACGGCGUUCCGAUGCUUGGACUCCCGCUCAUCUUUGACCAGUUCGACAACAUGAUUCGCCUGGAAGCCAGAGGGGUGGCUCAAGUGCUUGACGUCACAGCCCUGGAUGUAGCUACCCUAACACAAGCCCUAAGGGACAUACUGGAUGAAAAUCAACCCUACCAGAAGAACAUGCGCAGAAUGUCAAGCCUACAUCGUGACACUCCGCUCAAGCCAAUGGACAGUGCCAUCUUUUGGCUGGAGUUUGUCAUGAGGCAUAAGGGUGCUGCGCACUUACGCACCGAGUCCUACAGACUUACUUGGUAUUCCUACUACUGCAUAGAUGUGUUAAUGCUAAUAAUGAGUUUGUUUACAGCAGUCUGUGUGCUCUUGAUGUUGAUGAGCAAGGCAUUGUUGAAAGUUUUUGUCAAGAAAAGAAAAUCCAAAAAAGAGUGAAGUCAUGUCUUUGGUAACACUAGUUUUUUGCUAAAGGCUGAUAUCAUUAAUGGUGCUCUAUGCACCAUUUCCAAUGUGGAAAGGUUUGGUUAGUUAGCAUGGCUCUGUUAACCCCUGCUGGUAGAUGUUGUAACUACUCCAUCUGGUUUUAAAAAAAAUCAUUCUCCAUUGAUAAUUUGACAAGCAACAUUUAAAGCGCAAAUAUACCGAUGUAUUAAAGUAGACCUUUUAGAAACACAUGGGACUGUAGACAUACUUUUGGUGCCAUCAGCCAAACAGUGUUGUUCACAGUGAUCAAACAAACAACAUCUGCCAUGGUUUGAAAAAAAUGGGUAAUCUUCUCAACUUUUGGUUGAGAAUGUUACUAAGGUCAGGCUGUUCAGACAAACGGCAAUGUUUUGAGAACGCCACAGAGCCAGCAUUUGCAGUUUUUGGAAAAAUUAAUCUAUGAAAGCCUAACUUGAAAUUUCAGUAUACAUAAAAUUACACGCAUCAUACAAAUACAUUUGGUCAAGUAAUGUGUUGCUAACAGGAUAUUUUUGUUUUUAAAAAAGGAACUGCAAAAGAUUGUAUUUUUUAGUUUGUUUUAUUGAUUUGUACAGACAUUGAAUGAACCAGCUCUCUAUUAUGCACGUAAAUAUUUCACUUAACACAACCACCGGCAUGGUCAACAAAAA